AUGUCUCUUCAUUUCUUACGAUCGUCAUCUUUACUUCAAAUACCACGUCGUUUCUUGAAAACAUAUUCACCCGCAAAUCCAAAUCAACUCGAACGUAUUCUUCAAUCAUGGUCUUCGAAAAUUCCUGUCGAACGUGCUUUGACCCUUCCAUCUGGUUUUUAUACAUCUCGGGAUGUAUUUGAACUCGAACGGUAUGCUGUCUUCGGACAGAAUUGGCUAUAUGCUGGACGGAAAGAUCAAGUAGAUAAAUCUGGUGAUUUUCUUACCGAUCAAUUUCUUUCCGAACCAUAUCUAAUCAAUGUGGACGCGUCGGGAAAUUUACACGGUCAUUAUAAUGUUUGUUGUCAUCAUGGUAUGCGUUUGUUAGAAAAGCAUCAAGGACACAUAGAUUCGAAUGAAAUUGUUUGUCCAUAUCAUGGUUGGGUAUAUGAGUUAUCGGGACGUUUAAAAAAAGCGUUACGUUUAAAAUCUAUUCAAGAAUUUAAAGCUUCGAAAAUUCGUUUGAAACCAAUCGCUAUCGAAACCAUCGGUCCGUUUAUUUAUUUGAAUUUCAAUUUUUCGAACCAUACAAAUAUCGAUGACAGCGGUCUUUCGUCUAUCAAACAAAUCCAUACAAAGUAUUUACAAUCGACUAAUUAUGACCGGCUUAUUUUCAUUACUCGAGAAAGUUAUCCAAUAAAAUGUAACUGGAAAAUCUUCGUCGAUAAUUAUCUCGAUGGCGGUUAUCAUGUUCCAUACGCACAUAAACAGUUGCAUUCGAUUCUAAACAUGACUGAGUAUAAAGUCUCUAUCGAAAGUAACAAAUCGUCUGUUCAAUAUUGUACCGGCACACAACGAACAGAAGGUCCUGUGGUUUUUGCUUAUAUUUAUCCAAAUUUCAUGAUCAAUCGAUAUGGACCAUAUAUGGACACGAAUAUUGUCGUACCAAUCGAUGAACAAAACUGCAUUGUUCAUAUGGAUUAUUAUUACGAUCCUCAAACAACAACUCAACAGUUAGAAGAAAACGAGCGAAAUGAUUCUCGUCGUGUUCAAAAAGAAGAUAUUUAUUUAUGUGAAAACGUUCAACUCGGUCUGCAAUCGAACGCAUAUGAUACAGGACGUUAUGUACCAACAGUGGAACAUGGCAUGCACAGUUUUCAUCAAACAUUAUUCAAUGAAUUAGAGCACUAUUAUCAUAAUUAUACAAAAUAA